UUUAUUUUAAAUAGGGAUAAUUGUUCUUUGGCGGGCCAGUUAAGAGCAGCCAAGAACCAAAAGCACGGCGGGGAUUCCUUUGUUUUGAUGCCAACUUUGAUUAGGGUUAGGGUAUUUUCUCCCUUUAUUGUGAUUCGCUUUUGAUUGUAGAAUCGCCAACGGGAUGUCCAUCGCGGCGGCUCCACCGCCCGAUCUUCUACGACUUUCAGCCUGUAGAAAGAGUAAUCGGCAACAUUUCCCAGGAAAAUUCACCUCUGCAAAUGUUGGGACUUGGAGCUUAAUUAGGGCAUCCAAUGAUUGGAAGGAGGAAUGCAGUGUUGAUGGCAAUGAUCUAUCGAUGGAAUGGGGAAGUCUUGGGAUUUCUCGCGGGCCCUCUGAUCUUCGGUUUGAUAGGCUGCAACCCUCAGAGGAGGAGAUUAGUUGCAAGCACCGAAGGGUCUUUGGGAGAUACAUUGCUCGAGAAGCUGUGCUUGAUGAAGAGUAUUGGACUGCGGCGUGGUUGAGGGCAGAGAGUCAUUGGGAAGAUCAACCUGGGGACAGGCAUCUCCAGUUUAACAAGAGGAAAUUUGCUGAUCAGGAGUUUCAUGCAAUAAAGAGGCGAUGCACUGGGAAGUAUGCUGAUGACUGUGCCUGCAUUAUUACGGUCAAAAAGGAAGACAUUUGUGUAAAGCGUACAGUCUUAAGCAGCAUUGUUGGAACGCUGGACUUCAGCCUUAGACAAUUAUUUUCCGGACAAACGUUCCCUUGUGAGCGAUCAAAGGCCCCAAUUUCCUGCGGCAUAUACCGUUCUGAUUUACCCAGAUAUGGUUACAUUGCAAACUUAUGUGUGGCCAAGUAUGCACGUCGUCAAGGAAUUGCGAGCAACAUGCUCCAUCUAGCUAUGGAUGCUGCAAAAUCAUCUGGUGUUGGUCAGGUAUUUGUUAACGUCCACAAGGAUAACAUUACAGCUCAGAAGUUAUAUGAGAGGGUAGGCUUUCAGCUUUUUGCCUGCAGAUCUUUGAGAAGGCCAUCCCUCAACCAGAUGAAGAGAAUUUGUAUUUGUUGUGUUACAAUUUAUAGAACUUUUGCUGCAACAUGGCGCCGACCGCUAUUCCCAGUUUUUGUUGGCUAAAAAACGGUGAAAAAUUUUAGCUUCCAUACUGACCACGUUUUACAAAUGUACAUUGAUUCAUCAUAGAAUCAUUGGACUUUCAAUGUUAGUCUCAAUACAGACAAUGAUUUACACUUGUAAAUUGAUUGAUUGUAGGAAAUGUUCUUACUUUGUUUUUGCUCAUUAAAGGGACUUUAGUAAUGUGUAUUGGAGAAGAGGAUGGCGCCACAUUAGUAAGUAAAUUUAA